AUGGGAGCAGAUCGUGUAGGAGACUUAUACUAUCUACGAGAGGACAAGGAACAAGCCAAUGCAGCGACAACUCAAGAGAUGCGAGGAUCAGACGCAAGUCUCUGGCACGCGAGACUCGGGCAUCUGCAUAUGGAUGCCAACGCAAUACCAAUUGACAUUGACUACGCGCAUCCAGACGAAGAAAACCCAGAGCCAGGGAGAGUAACUAGGAAUGAACCGGGAAGAGUCGCCAGAAAUGAGCAACAACACGAAGAAGAUCAAAUGGAACCACCAGCCAGGCGUGCUCGGGGAAGACCAGCAAAGGCAAAGACCGGAAAACCAGGACGGCCAAAAAGAAUGUACUGA